GCGCUUGGUCUUGGCCGUGAGCUCCCACCACGAUACAGGUAGGGACGGAGCAGGCAUUCUUAUUUGUCGUGGGAAGGGAACCAUUCGUACCUACUGCUCUCGUGACUUCGGGCAGAUCUAUUCAUCCGGGCGCGAUAGUCUAAUGGUAGGUUGGGAGAUGUUCAGUUCUUGUCUUGCCCUGCCCUUCCCUGUCGCGCGAGCUGGAUGGCUGGACUCCCGGUCAAGUUUCUGCAAUGCAAUGCAAUUGCAUCUCUGCUCGCGGUCAACGAUGCUGGUGGCGGGGGCGAUGAUGGUGCAGAAAGCAAAACCUUAUCUCAUUGGUUAUGUUUAAAAGGAGCCUAGGAUCAUCAGAAAUGACUCGCUGCGAUUCGCGAUGUUUCCCGGUGGGAAAGGCAGGGCUAGCCAGGCUUUUGGGACGAGCCUAGUUGAAAGGUUUGGUUGGGCGAAUGGCGUUUGCGCAUCUUCGGAAGCCUGGAAUCCUUGCAUGGAUCCAGCAUGGAACCGUGGAGAGAUGUUACUGCACAGUGCACUGUACCAUACAAGUACAAGUAGCAGGGGGCUUACCUAUACUGGUACAAGAGGUGUUGUACUGGUAUCCUUGGUGAUGAGGUUCACUGGACCUUUGAAUUCUCCUUCUGCCGUAGGUAACUUGGACUGCCCCACCGUACUCGAGGGUCGAAUUACCAUAAAGUUACCCGUAUUUAUUAUUUACGGUAUUUACUUUUCCCUCUCCUGUCAUAUACUUUUUUCCCCUCCUUUCCUUCUUUACUUUUCCCUUCCAUUUCCAACAACUCCGCCCACCUCUCAAGUUCUCAAGCGGGCCGACGGACGACAACCCACAUUGCUUUUCCCAAUGAAUGAUAUCGUCAAUUGAACUGCCAGCAGGAAAGCGGGCACUUUCCGUUUUCUUUUCUUUUCUUUUCUUUUUUUCCAACGGGCCAACCGCAUGAGCUGCGGCUAGGGUGCAGGUACUUGUAUAUAUUAUAGUCGUGCGGCAUUAAUUGGACCUUAUCGCGCUCAAUGCGCCGCCAAGGGAAUCGGUAUACCGAGCCGAGCUGGACCGGAUCGAUUGUUGACACCUUUACGAUAGGCCACGGGGAGUCGAAACGCACAGUGACACGAAACGGGGGCAGCUGCACGAUACCGGUAUCGGUACUGUGCCGGCUUUCGGUUACUAAGCGCGCUGUCCGCUUGACUGUUGUUUCGUGUCACCGAGUGUUUCGGCUCUCCGUAGCCAUCCGGUGCCAUGUUUAUCCGAUACAUGAUACGAGACUCGGACAAGACACCGCAUGGCGGCGGGGUUGGAAGGACGAGUGCCGCACCGGUGGGGGGGGUUCGGUAUCCGUACUUUGUGCCGUAGUCGGUAACCCGUAACAAAACGUUCCGUCCGAUUUCAUUAAGUUACGAUACCGCUAAUCGCAUCCUCUACGAGUACAGCAACCCUACUCGUAGUCUACUGUACGAGUACGGUACUCAAGUACUGUAAAUUUACUGUGCAUCGUGCCGGUAUCAUACUGAGCACAAAGCGAUUACGUCACCAACCACUCCACGACAGCCACAAAAAAAGCAAAGCAAGUCUCUCGAGUCCAGACCCAAUUAUAUAAUCCGCCUUCGCUUCGCUUGCGCGGGCCAACCUCAACUCUCCAUCGCAUCCCUCAGCACCCCGGAAUAUAAUUCCAAAUCAACCUAAAGUGGAAGCGCUCUGUUUCCGAGAACUGCAUUGCAGCAUUAGUAACGCGUCGGCGUGGUGAGUAAUUCGCUUGCUGGGCCCUUCACCUGGCGAAUGUCAGCGAGCGGUGGGGGUUAGACUAGUUGGCUUUACGUUAUCAUACCGCUCGAGUAUCCAUUGCCGUGCUAGGGGAGAGGAAUUCCAAAUUCAUAGCGGAUCUGCGCGUGGAUUUGCAUUGCGGUGGAUGGUUAAAUGGGGUUUCUUUUGUUCCGUGUUUGGGGUGAGCCGCUUGCCUGUGAUCGAUCGAUUAACCUGGCGGAGGGGAUGUGGAUGCUUGCGAACUCCUGGUGUGUGGUGUGAUUGAUAUGACGGCCUACGUAGGUGGAGGAGGAGAGGGGCGUAUGUAUAAAAGGGAGAGGAAGGGAGAGAGGGGAGCGGUAUUUAUCAUAUUUGUCCGGUUCUUGAGGUUGAUAACUUACUACCCAUAAGUGGUAACGGUCGAGGCUCAACUUAUUAAGUUACGUCAUUCACCUUUCUUUCACACACAGCAGGAUACUCGAGUACAUAUCUCGUCGCGAAGGAUCCCCCCCAAAAAAAAACAAUUCACCAGCUCACCAGUUUAUUACUUCACAACCCCAUCAUCACCAACCCCCCUUUUUUUCCUUCCCCAAUGGCGAAAACAUUCCCGGAGUCAGCAAUGGUUAUCCGCGCCAUCUCCCCCAACAUCACCAUUCUGUCCGUCCCCUUCCUCCGCUUCAACAAAGUCAAGUUUGGCGGUAGGGCUACCAUCGGUGCGUACACACAUACACACACCCAUCCAACUGCAUAUCAAUAACUAACGGCGGAAUAGUAAAACUCGCAACCGGAAAUCUAGCCGUAUUCUCCCCCGUCGGCCUGACCACCGAGGCGAAAUCCGCCGUCGAAUCCAUGGGCGGGAGGGUCAACUACCUGAUCGCCUCGGACAUUGAGCACCACAUGAACCUGGGGCCCUGGAAGCAAGAGUACGCCUCGGCAACGGUGAUCGGGCCAGAGGGGCUCUACGAGAAGCGCAAGGCGCAAGGGAACGAAGACGUUCCCAUCGAUAUCGUCUACACGAAGGAUAAUAAGCACUCUUUGAAGCUACCCGAUGAGCUGGGGAGUGUGUUUGAUGUGGAGUAUUUCGAUGGGUAGGGACACAUACUCCGCCCCCCCUUCAUCCUUUUGAAUGAACUCGACUGAUGGCAGUGGUGCACGGCGCAGUCAUCAGAAUAAGGAACUGGUCUUCAAUUACAAGCCCGAGAGGACGAUGAUCCAGGCGGACCUGGUAUUUAAUCUCCCAGCCCACGAGCAGUUCUCCAAGUCCGGCAUGGACGCCACGAGCGGCAUCUGGACCAAACUUGCCCACCACUUUUUGAAUAUUCAGGGGAAGGGGCAGCAGAGGUUUAAUUGGUAUGCCGCCCCUGCGGAUAAGCCUAGCUUUGCCGACUCGGCGAAGGUGGUUGCGGGGUGGGGGGUUGAUCGCAUCAUCCCAUGUCAUGGAGAUGUUAUUGAGAGCGGGGGGGAUGAUGUUUUCAAGAGGAUUUUUGCCUGGAAUUUGAAGGCUUGAAUUGUUAGGGCUCAUUUGGGGGGUCUCCUUCCUACUUCUCCCUCUUUAGCUUGACCGUUUUUGUCGUGGGACUGGUUGCAGGUUUGGUGUGUAUCUUAUAGUUUUAAUACUAGUAUCCCGGUUGCUUUGGUUGAUUGUCGGAUUAUUUCAUGGCUUGUGGUUGGUUGAUGGCGUUGAGGAUUUGUUUGUUAUUGGUUCUGUCACCAACAUGUUUGGGUUAAUCCAAUCCAAGACCGCACAUCUCUUCUUC